CGAGGGAAGGGGUUGUUGUUGUUGAGAGAGGGGCGCUGGCGCAGAAGGCUCGUCGAGGGCCGGUGGUGAGGAGGGAUAAGGAGGAUGGCUGAGAGAGAAGUAGACGGCGCAUUAUCGCUUAUAUAGCACCAAUUGGUGUCAAUUCUGUCGCAUCGAAGACAACCCCACGUCGAAAACAAUUCCGGCCGCAAGGGUGCACAAGGCAGGGGCCGUUGAAAUUCAAGACGCGGUCCGGCACGCGAUCGACUGGCAAAUAAUGUGGAUCCACUUUUCUACUAUUGAGCUCUUAUCUUAUCAACACUCGACCAACCACAACGCGAGCGCAUCAGGUAGCUCUCUCUCUCUCUCUCUCCAACCAUUUACCCAACAGCAAACACCAAAUCCAACCCGCAAACCACACCCACCCUCCGAUUUGCGCUCAUCAAUCUACUCUCAAAAAUGGGCGACAAACUGACUCAACUCCAAGAGUCCAUGGAUCAACUCCUCACCCAAUUCAUAGCAGCCCUCUACUACAACGAACGCCACCACGAUCUCCAAAAAUUCUCCCCCAACGACAAAAUCCCCGAACUCAAACAAGACCAGCCCCCCGAAAUUGAUACCCUCGACCCUGAACAAUUCAAGGCUGGGCAGCUCGAGCUCGCUAGAGAUCUCAUCACGAAGGAGCAGCAGAUCGAGUAUUUGAUCUCGACGUUGCCGGGUUUAGAUAAUAGUGAAAGAGACCAGUUGCAGAUGAUACGGGAGUUGGAGGAGGAGCUGGGGGCGGCGGAGCAGCAGAGGCAGGAGGCGUUGAGGGAGCGGGAUGAGGUUUUGAAGAGGUUGGAUGGGUUGGUUAGGCUGAUUAGGAGGCACUGAUGACAAGGGGAAGGGUUGGCAUAGCGUUGUUUGACAUAUCAAGCGUCUGGGUUCUGGGACAGCAAUGGAUGAAAAAGGCAUGGGGUAUGGCGUUUGGCAUUGAUUAUCGGCUGGUUAUCAGAGGCUUAGGAUUCGAUAAUCAGGGAAAGAAACUGAGCAUGAAUCCACAUGAG